UUCUGAGGUCCAAGCUCUACAAGAUAUACAUAAAUGAAAACUUUUAAACAGACAGACACCGUGUCAGCAAUCGAACUGUAUGCUAUAUUGUCCCUUGCUCAAUUUAUAUGAAGAAUUCUUCCCAUGUCGAUCGGGACUGUUAUGUGGCCAUAAGAGACUUUUCCAUGAAAUAAUAGAAAUCCUGUACCCUGCAAAAGCAACAAGGAAUGAACUUGCACGAUGUAUUUACUUUAAUUUUUUCCAUCCUCAAUCUGCUCAGAUUUUUUUUUCAUAAGAUUAUGAAACUCAACUCAACCCAACAAAUCCUAAUUGUACAAAAGGAGGGUAGCAUGUAAGUAGAUAAUUGACAGAUUCAGAAUCUAGCUUAGAUGGAGGACUCUGGUCAGAAUUAAUUUGUUUUGUCAAUAUCAUAUAGCCCACUGUGGCGGAGCUUUCUCAUGUUCUUGAAUAUUUGAACAUUUUCAAGGUUUUGGUUCAUGUUAUUUAUUUGAAAGCAGAUGAUGCAGGAUAUGAAGCUGCCAGAUUGAGAUUUUGUGUUUGUAUGCAUAUAAUUUGCAGAAUAUUUAUCCUCCUUUAUGAUUUAUUCUAUUUAGCUUUCUAACUGUUGCCUAUCUGAAGCUCAUGUUUUAUCAAUUAAAUGCAGUCAAAUCCAGUUCUUGAAGCAUUUGGCAAUGCAAAAACUGUUCGAAAUAACAAUUCCAGCCGUUUUGGUAAAUUUGUCGAGAUUCAAUUUGAUAAGCAUGGAAGAAUUUCAGGAGCAGCCAUUAGAACUUAUCUUCUUGAGAGAUCUCGUGUCUGUCAAAUUUCAGACCCAGAACGGAAUUAUCAUUGUUUUUACCUUCUUUGUGCAGCACCACCAGAGGAAGUUGCGAAAUACAAGUUGGGAGAUCCUAAAUCAUUUCACUAUCUUAACCAAUCAAAUUACUAUGACCUCGUUGGUAUAAGUGAUGCUCAUGAUUAUCUUGCCACUAGGAGAGCUAUGGAUAUUGUUGGAAUCAGUCAGAAAGAUCAAGUAUAGCCUUUGUAUCCGAAAAU